AGCUCACUGUUCAGUGCACAAUGACUCAAUGAAAAGUGGAGGGGAGAGGCGAGCGCACUGUACGUCUGCACGAGAAGCAGAGGAGAGAAAGGGGCACUACAACAGGGGACAAGAAGAAGAAGAAGGGGAUACACUUAGCUUUUUUUCCUUUUUUUCGUCCUCUGGUGUGAAGGGCCACUUCAGGAUCAAGUGGCAGCCCUGAGUGUCAUUUUUGGCCACUUUUCCAGUAGGUGGUGUUGGCUGUCAUUCCAGGUAGAAGAGAGGGAGGGAAAAGGAGCUGCGGGGUUGGAAUCUGCAGUGUCAGGGAGAGAGGAGGAUGUCUGCUGGGUCAAGAUGGAAUGGAGCCGGGUCAGCAGGCUGCGGGAUGCUGGCAACGGUCCCUGGUUGCGCGCUCCAGGCUGGUCUGCGUGGGAUGCUGAUGUGGGCCGUCCUGCUGUUGGUGGCCGGAGGUAUGGAUGCCUGCCCCUUUCCGUGCAGCUGCCUGGGGACUACAGUAGACUGUCACGGCCUGGGCAUCCACACCGUACCCAAAAACAUCCCCAGAGGCACAGAGAGGCUGGAUCUGAAUGGUAACAACUUGACUGUCAUCACCAAGACAGACUUCUCUGGCCUCAAACACCUCAGAGUCCUACAUCUGAUGGAGAACCAGAUCGUUAACGUGGAGCGAGGAUCCUUUGACGAGCUGAAGGAGCUGGAACGGCUUCGCCUCAACAAGAACCAUCUGACCCAGCUUCAGGAGCUGCUGUUCCAGAAGAACGAAGCCUUGUCACGACUGGACCUGAGUGAAAACGCCAUCCAGGCUGUUCCCAGGAGGGCCUUCAGAGGAGCAGCAGACUUGAAAAACCUCCAGCUGGAUAAAAACCACAUCAGCUGUAUUGAGGAGGGGGCAUUUCGAGCUCUGCGCUCUCUGGAAGUACUCACGUUGAACAACAAUAACAUCAGCAGUAUUCCCGUCUCCAGUUUCAACCACAUGCCGAAGCUCCGCACGUUCCGUCUCCACUCCAACUCUCUGCGCUGUGACUGCCACCUUGCCUGGUUGUCGCCGUGGCUACGGCAGCGGCCAUCUUUGGGCCUCUACACCCAGUGCAGCUCUCCGCCCACCCUGAGGGGCCUCAACCUCGCCGAACUGCGCAAGAAUGACUUCGCCUGCCCAGGCCACGGCGGCAGUGCCUUCGUUCAGCCGUGCAGCCUGGCGUCGGGCUCCUGCCCUCCGAUGUGCUCUUGCAGCAACAACAUCGUGGACUGUCGAGGGAGAGGCCUCACUGCCAUCCCCGCCCACCUUCCAGAGGCCAUGACUGAGAUUCGUUUGGAACAGAACGGCAUCAAGUCUGUCCCUCCGGGUGCUUUCACCUCCUACAAGAAGCUUCGACGAAUAGACCUAAGUAACAACCAGAUAGCUGAAAUCGCUCCUGAUGCUUUCCAUGGUCUCCGAGCUCUCAACUCACUGGUUCUAUACGGGAAUAAGAUCACUGAGCUGCCUAGCGGACUCUUUGAUGGCCUUUCCUCUCUGGAGCUGCUGUUGCUAAAUGCCAAUAAGAUCCACUGUGUGAGAUCAUCGGUCUUCAAAGAUCUGGAGAACUUGGCUCUGCUGUCGCUGUAUGACAACAAGAUCCAGAGUCUGGCCAAAGGAACCUUCAGCUCGCUGCACAGCAUCCAGACACUCCACCUGGCCCAGAACCCCUUUGUGUGCGACUGUAAUGUGAAGUGGCUCGCCGACUUCCUACGUUCAAACCCCAUAGAGACGAGCGGGGCACGCUGCGCCAGUCCUCGCCGGCUCGCCAACAAACGCAUCGCACAGAUCAAGAGCAACAAGUUCCGCUGCUCAGCUAAAGAACAGUACAACAUCCCAGGUACUGAUGACAGACGUCUGAUCUACGACUGCAACAGCAAACCCGUGUGUCCCGCCAGGUGUCGCUGUGAAGCCAACGUGGUCGACUGCUCCAACCUCCGCCUCACCAAGUUCCCUGAACACCUGCCGCCCUCCACCGAGGAGCUACGGCUGAACAACAACGACCUCUCCGUGCUGGAGGCCACCGGAGCCUUCAAGGGCCUGUCGCAGCUCAAGAAAAUUAAUCUGAGCAACAAUAAGAUCUCAGAGAUUGAGGACGGGGCAUUCGAAGGGGCCUCCUCAGCUGUGGAGCUCCACCUGACAGCUAAUCAUCUGGAGUCCAUCAGAGGGAGCAUGUUCAGAGGGAUGCAGGGCCUCCGCAUGCUGAUGCUGAGGAACAACAGGAUCAGGUGUAUCCAUAAUGACAGCUUCACAGGCCUGGCAAACGUCAGGCUGCUCUCCCUGUACGACAACCAGCUGAGCAGCAUCCUGCCCGGAGCGUUCGAUACCUUACCCAACCUCUCCACGUUGAACCUCCUGGCCAAUCCGUUUAACUGUGACUGCCGUCUGUCCUGGUUUGGGGCGUGGCUCCGGAGCCGGCGGAUUGUGACUGGGAACCCUCGCUGCCAGAGUCCUGCCUUUCUCCGCGAGAUCCCAUUGCAAGAUGUCGCUGUACCGGACUUCCGCUGUGAGGAUGGUUCUGCUCUGGAGGACAGCCACUGCUCUCUGGGGCCGCAGUGUCCCAGCCAGUGCACCUGCGUAGACACUGUCGUCCGCUGCAGCAACAAACACCUGCAGGUUCUGCCCAGAGGACUUCCCCGCAACGUCACAGAACUGUAUCUGGACGGGAACCAGUUCACCAUUGUUCCUAAGGAGUUGGCCAGCUUCAAAUACCUGCAGCUUGUAGAUUUGAGCAACAAUAAAAUCAGCUCCCUGUCAGAUGAUUCCUUCUCCAACAUGAGCCAAUUGACCACAUUGAUUCUCAGCUACAACUCGCUGCAAUGUAUUCCUCCGCUGGCACUGGGCGGGCUGCACUCUCUGAGACUGCUCUCUCUCCAUGGUAACGACAUCUCUGAGCUGCAGCAGGGCAUAUUCAGCGAUGUGGCUUCCCUGUCUCACCUAGCGAUCGGGGCCAACCCUCUGUACUGUGACUGUCGUCUGCUUUGGCUGUCAGAUUGGGUGAAGAGCGGCUACAAGGAGCCGGGCAUUGCCCGCUGCGCCGGGCCCCGGGGCAUGGAGGGAAAAUUGCUGCUCACCACGCCGGCCAAUAAAUUCCAGUGUGUGGGUCCGGUGGAUUCUUCCGUUCAGGCCAAGUGCAGCCCGUGUUUGUCGUCUCCGUGCCUCAACCAGGGCAUGUGCCAAGUCCAUCACACACAGCAGUACACCUGUACCUGCAAGUCUGGAUUCACGGGUAAAAACUGUGAAACUCCAGCUGACGCGUGUGUCAGUAAUCCGUGCACUAACAGUGGCACCUGCAUCAGCGAUGAACAGACUCGAAGCUUCAGCUGUGCGUGCGCGUUUGGUUUUCACGGCACUUUCUGCGAGGUGAACGUGGACGACUGUCAGGACCACGGAUGUGAGAACGGCGCCACCUGUGUGGACGGCGUGGGAAACUACACCUGUUUGUGUCCUCCGAACUACACAGGUCUGUUUUGUGAGGAGGAGGAAAGCGCGUGUUCUCCGAGCAGAAACCGCUGUCAGCAACAGUCCACCUGCCUCAGCACUCCUGCCGGCCCCAGGUGUUUGUGCAUCCCGGGCUGGGUGGGUCCAGACUGCAGCAUAGAUUAUAAUGAAUGUGCAGAUCAUCGCUGCCAGAACGGAGCUGAAUGUUUGGACCAUCUGGAUGGCUACAGCUGUGUCUGCCCACAGGGAUACAGUGGUGAAUUUUGCGAGGUGGCACUUUCUCCUCUCUCACCCUGCCAACUGGCCCAGUGUCUGAACAACGCCCCCUGUCUGGAUAACGCUGGUAGUGCUGUUUGUCAGUGUCUCCCGGGCUUCGAUGGCGAACGCUGCGAGAAGUUGGUCAGUGUCAACUUCGUUGACAGAGAUUCUUAUGUUCAGCUGACAGAUGUGAAGAACUGGCCUAAGACCAACAUCAGUCUGCAGGUUUCAACAGCAGAAGAAAAUGGCAUCCUGCUGUACAACGGAGACAACGAGCCAAUAGCUGUGGAACUCCACCACGGUCAUGUCAGGGUCACCUAUGACCCUGGAAACCAGCCCGCCACCGCCAUCUACAGCCCUGAGACGGUGAACGACGGCCGUUUCCACACGGUGGAGCUGGUGACCUUUAACCGGAUGGUCAACCUGUCUGUGGACGGUGGGGAGCCCACCAUACUGGACAGUCUGGGACAGAGCCAGCCAGCGAAGAGGGAGGCCCCUCUGUAUGUGGGAGGCAUGCCGGAGGAAGUCAUGCCUCCCUCUCUGGGUUUGUUCUCCCAGACUCUUAACACGUCGAGUUUCCACGGCUGCAUCAGGAACCUCUACAUCAACCACGAGCUGCAGGACUUCACCCGCAGCCACAUGAAGCCGGGCGUGGUUCCAGGCUGCCGGGCCUGCAGCAAACUCUACUGUCUGCACGGCGUCUGCCAGCCCGACGCCUCGCAGGGGGCGCAGUGUCACUGCCAGCCGGGCUGGACCGGACAACACUGCGAUCAGCCAAUAACAGGAGGCUUCACGGGAGCGGAUGUCGUCACCAUGACGACAGAGGUCAACCCAUGCCAAAAUAACAAGUGUGUGAAGGGCGUGUGUGUUAUGCUGGACACGCAGUUGUACCGCUGCGACUGCCAGGAGGGAUAUCGCGGCGCACUGUGCAACCAACAGGUGGAGCCGAAGGCUCUGUGCCGUAGCGUGCAGUGUCAGCGCGGUCGGUGUGAGCGCACAGAGGGAGGAGAGCGCUGCGUGUGCGAGCCGGGGUUCACCGGAGACAGCUGUGACAUCGAGCUGCCCUGUCGAGGUGAGCCGGUGAGGGAUUACCACCGGCUGCAGCGAGGCACCGUCCUCUGCCAGACGUCAAAGCCUUUCUCCUGGGUGGAGUGCCAGGGCCGGUGCCAGGUGGGAACCAACCCCGGAGUCACCGCCGUUUCCUGCUGCGCUCCCCUGAGGGUCCGGCGCCGGCGGGUGACCUUUGAAUGCGACGAUGGGACCACGUUUAUGCAGGAUGUGGAAAAGCCAGUGGAGUGCGGGUGCAAGGAAUGUGUGUAGUACUGUGGACAUGACAC